AAUGACAGCUUUAUAAAUUCAACAUGAAGAAACUUUUUUCGAAGAUAGAUGGCUCCAGCGUGGCCAGCAGUCUUAUUGGCAAGGUUUUCAACGUGGGGAGGAUGUCGGUGACGGUGGAAGAAGUUAUUGCGGAAGGUGGAUUUGCCAUAGUGUUCCUAGUAAAAGCUCAAAACGGACAGCGUUAUGCUUUAAAGCGUAUGUACGUUAAUAAUGAACAGAGUCUGGCAACCUGUAAAAGGGAAAUACAGAUUGCUAGCUCUUUAUCUGGUCACAAAAAUAUCAUUAGCACAGUUGAGUCCAGUAUACGGCCGACUGGGAAUGGCAUUUAUGAGGUGCUGAUUCUUAUGCAGUAUUGUAAAGGUCAUAUCAUCCAGAGCAUGAAUGACAGGUUAAAUUCUGGGGGGUUCUCAGAGCGAGAGGUUCUCAAGAUAUUCUGUGAUAUAUGUGAAGCUGUGUCCAGGCUGCAUCACUGCCAGACACCUAUUAUACAUAGGGACCUCAAGGUAGAAAAUGUGCUCAUAGAAUCAGGAGGAAACCAUGUGCUCUGUGAUUUUGGCAGUGCGACAGCAAAGUUUUACAACCCCCAGGUUCAUGGGGUGAAGCAUGUGGAGGAGGAUAUACAUAAGUACACAACAUUAUCAUAUCGGGCUCCAGAAAUGAUAGAUCUUUAUAGUGGGAAGUUAAUUUCAACAAAAGCAGACAUAUGGUCCCUAGGGUGCUUACUGUACAACCUGUGCUUCUUCAAGUUGCCAUUUGGAGAGAGUAGUUUAGCCAUACAGAAUGGAAACUUUACAGUGCCAGAUGAUUCUAGAUAUUCCAAAGAGAUGCAUGGACUUAUAGCAUUCAUGCUUGAAGUAGACCCAGAUAAAAGACCAGACAUUUUUCAAGUUUCACAUGUGGCAUUUCUGCUGGCAAGAAGAGAAUGUCCUGUGCCAAAUUUACACAAUAGUCCAGUGCCAGAUAUUACGAAGCUGCCUAAAGCUAUUUCAGAGAGUGAAGCAAGGGCAAUCAAGACAACAAUGUCAAGAUCAGUUCAAGCUCCAGUUGUGGAAAGCACCACUAUUGCUCCUAGACAAAGACCUAAAGGUCAAAGCAUUCCAAACACAAAAAGUAACCUUGGUCUCCCUGUGCAGACCUCUGUAGCACCUAGAAAAAGGCCCAUGGGGAGCAACUCGACAACUCCUGUUGCUGAAGCACAGCAAGGUUUCCCUUCUGCAGCCAGCCAGGCAUUGACCUCCCCCGCACAGCAUCUCUUCCCCCAGCAGAACAGUGCCAAUCAUCAACAACAGUUACAUUAUCAACAGCAGGAACAAAAGCAACAUCAGCAGCAACAAAUGCACCAACACCACCUUCAGCAGCAACAUAAUCAACAACAGCUCCAGCAGCAGCAGCAGCAGCAGCAACUUUUGUACCAGCAACAACUUCAACAGCAGUACCAACAACAACAACAACAGGCUUAUUUACAACAGCAGUAUCAACAGCAAGUUGCCCAGCAACAACAACAGGCUGCCCAGCAACAACAGGUUGCCCAGCAGCAGCAGGUUGCCCAACAGCAUCAGCAACAUCAGGUGCUCCUUGAGCAACAUAAUAAACAGCAAGCAUCUGCUGGUUUCUUCCCUAAUGCUACCUACCCCGCUGUUGGUGGGUAUCAGAUGGGGCCAAUGCUGAAAGAGACAGCAGGAGGACCACAGAUGGAUGGUUUCAAGGUUCCUGAACCACCAAAACAGAGAUCUGGAAAACAGCAAGAUAAUCAGCCUCUCCUAGCAUUAACUCCACCUGAGUCGCCUAAGGCUGUCAGACACCGCAGAAAUGUUAGCGACACUUCAGCAAUCAUUUCUCAGGCCGGGAAAAGAAACAGUGCAUUCAAGUUUUACAACUCUAACACACAACUGCUAGCCCCUAGUCAAGACGUAUCAUCUCUCAAGACAAAGUCUGCUUCAGCUACACCCACACAUUCUCCCAGCAGAACCCCACCCAGAGCCCUUUCUGCAAAUUUCUCUGACUGGAACCCGUUUGGGGAUGAUUUUGGUGCACUAACAGAGGAUGCAAUAUUUGGGAAGGAAUUUGAUAAACUCAGGAGAGGAUCAAACAGCAGUAUAUCAAAUGUGAAAAGCCGUGAAGAUUUAGUGAUGGAUGACGAUGGAGAACAGGAUCCUUUUGGUGCUGCACCUUUUGCCCCACCAAGGUCAAGGUCACAGCAAGGGAGUGGGGCCACUUCCAGUUCUGCUUGUAGUUCACUAAAACCACAUGGAGAUCGUCAGACAAACUCUACAAAGGCAAGUUCUGUGCACAGCACGUCGCUGGAGUCUACAAAAACCAGGAAUUUGCUGGAGGCAGCUGUAGGGCUUAUGAAGAGCUCUGCUGGGGAUGAGUCAAGAUACCAUAAGUUUGAUGAUGUGGCCUCAAACAAGAACACCAAAGGUUCAAGGUAUCGCCAGUUUGUAGACAGUGGCAGUGAUGACAACCCAAGCCCUAGUGAGGAUACCAGGGAAAAAAGGGACAAAGAAAUCAAGGUAGUAAGUGACUCUGGGAGAAAAGAGAAGUUUGGGAAAAAUUUUCCUCACGCUCAGCUCCACAAAAAGAAGGCAGAUUCCAGCUCAGAAGGACAGGUGGAAAGUGAGAGUUCUCACAAAGAUGUGAAACCAGAAGACUUUGGUUAUGAGGAACUGGAUGAUGAAUUUGGUAGACGGCAUCCUAUGGCUCCGGACAGCCAAUCAGAACUUAGCUUUGAAGGAGUGUGUCAGUCUUCUCAGCUCAGUGCAAGUUGUUCUGAGAACCCUGCUGUUGAACCCGUAGCUGAGGAAUCUCUGCCUGUUCAGCACGAUAGAAUUGUGGGACAUGAAUGUGGUGUCAAACCCCUUCUAGAUGAUGAUGAACUGUCGGACACAGAAUUCACAAAACCAGCCAAUCCUUUUACCAAAGAACAGGUGUAUCUGUCUAGUGGACGCAGCAGCUCUGCUUAUAGCAACAGCCUUCUUUCAUCCCCUACAUCUCCACAGUCAGAUGACUUGAAACUAGAGUCUGCUGAUCCUUUCAGUGCUGCUCCUUUUCCAUGGAGAAAAGGUACAAAGAAACGGAAGACAAAAUCCAAGUCCAAAGACACUGAUAAAGACAAAGGUUUAUUUGAGAAUGCCCCUUCUUUCAAGGGUGACAGACCCCUAAGAUCUACUAGUCCUGAAAAGGAGGGAGGGCAUGAGUUGGUCAACCCUCUGUUUGAAGGUCAUGAGACAUUACACGAAAAUUUCUCACAAAAUCAGGGCUAUGGUCAACAUUCCACUGAUCAGGCACAAGGCUAUUUUAGAUCUCCAGCUCAAAGUCCUGAACAGGCUCUCUUGCAAAGCCAAGAAUCUAUUGGAUAUGGUCAGGGGAAAUCUGCUUUUUCCCAAUCAUCCUACGGGCCUAGAUUUCACCCCAAGAUUUCGUCAGCAGAUGAUGUGUCCCCAUCAUCCACACACACACAUACAGUUUCCCCUAUAGCGGAGCUCCCACACAGUAUGGCUCAGCACAGCUUUGAGGAUAAUUUUGUCGCAUCCUCCCUUCCAGCCUUUGCUCAACCCCAACCAGCACAUUACAGUCAUCCACAGCAAAUGGAUGCUGUUCAGAAUGCCAGUUUUUACAGCCAAAAUAUAGGUUAUCAGACACAACAUCCAUCAGGCCAUAUAUUCACCCAGAACAGUGGAGGGGGUAUGGGAGGUGUAGCAUCGCCCCACUCUCCUGUACAGGUGAGACCUCCCCAGCAGCAAUCCACAGGAGAGGAUCUAUUUGGUGCUGUACCAUUCCAGAACAUGACCACACAGCUGAUCAUGCCACAGAACAGGCCCACUGCCAGGCAUGGGGGUGGACCUCAUGUAAUCAGUGUGCUCCCAGGGGUUAGAAAGACCACGCCUACCAGGGCUAGGAGAAGAAGUGGAAGCAGGCGGCGGUCGAGUAGUUCAGGGAGCGAUGGAAAACCCAGUCCUAGGUCAAGUAAGAAAAAGGACAGGUCAAAACCUGUAGAUGAAAACCUUGUUGCUAUGGUUCCUGGCGAGGAAGGCGGUAGUAACAGUGGCACCCUUAAGAAGAAUAAAUCCAAACAGAAGAAAACUCCACGUGAUAAAUCAGCUACAGCAUUCUCCAAUGAGGGGUUCUCUAACAUGAGUUUUGAUGACCAGGAUGACUCUAAGGGACAGGAGCCUGCCUGUGUGACCCCUGCCUCCAUUCAUGCAGCCAGCAUGCAGGCUAAUUUUGCUGGCAGUGACGCGAGGCUGCUUCAUACCAAAUCCAGACAUACAGAACCUUUCUCAGUAAGCAAAAAGAAAGGUCUGCUUAGCUAACUAUUCAUGUAUGGCAGUUCAUACAGGAUUUCUAUUUCUCUGUAGAAAUUUGAAACAGCUUAAAUUGCAAUCAAUGUCAUAGUAAGUUAAUUUGCUUAAAUUCUUUUAAUCUCAAUCUUUGAAAGUUGUAUCUGAGAAUCAUAGAUACCGAACAGAUGCCAUAUCAUUUUAUUUAGAUGUAUACGUGUAGUUUAUUCAGUUUUUUAUCAGUGAUAAUGAUAAUGCUGUGGUUAUUUCUUUUGAAUGGGGCAGGUACCUUGUAAUGAUAAUUAGAAGGAUGAUUUAUUGUCACGCCUGGCACAAAUUUGUGUAUGCUUCUUCUAAUGCAAUUAACUUGUAAUUGGAGAUCUUGAGUGCUUGUUUAAAGAUGACAUUUCCCUGGUAGAAUGUUUCAACAUCAAGAAAAAUUUACCAAUAUUCCAGAGCUGAAGUAGGUUCUCUUUGUUGACCUUUUUAAAGCUGGUAAAAAUUUGAUCUGAUGCUCUAUUUACUUUUUAUAAUCAUUUUCACACUCUGAUCCAUAAGACAGAGAAUAUACAAUGCACAGAAAUUUAUAAAGCAAUGAUUUAAACUCUACACUUAUUGAUUUUCAUAGCAUAUGUCCAGAGAAAGGAAUUGCUUUUCAUGUCUUCCAUACAUGUGAAAUUGCUUUAGAUAAUAAUGUAGGCAGCUUGUGACAAAAUGGCUCUUGGGUCCUAGUAUGAAUGUAGGAAUUUACUUUUGUUGUCACAAAUUGCAUGAAGACACUGGGUUUCGUUUAACCAAUCUAGGUCUUUAUUUUCCAGUGCAAUAUAUAGUUUAAAUAAAGUCAGCUGAUAAAGAUUGUUUUGUUUUGCAAUGGUCUUUGUCAGAUUUUCUACCUUG